AAUAGAACUCGCACUUCGACAUCGCAACAACUCAGAUUCCACCAUGUCUAAAACCGCAAGCCGACCCGACUGGGCCGACGAUGUCUCCGAGUCAGAACAGAUUGACCCAUCCGCACUCCCUCCACCAGUCACCACAGUGAACAAAGAUGGCACGAAGACGACUGUUUCAUACCGUCUCGACGACCAAGGUCGCAAAAUCAAAGUAACCCGCAAAACCCGCACGACAGUCCACAAAGAGCGAGUGAACCCGGUCGUCGCAGAGCGCAGAGAAUGGUCAAAAUUCGGUCUGGAGAAGGGUAAGCCGAAAGGCCCGCAGCCAGACACAACUUCCGUCGGCGAGAACAUUGUUUUCCGGCCGAGCAGAGACUGGAAGAACGUGCAGGCCGAAGAGGCCAAAGCCGGCGGUGGCAAGGCCGAAGAGAAGAGUUUGAAGGAACAACUCAGAGACAAGAAGGUGAAGUGCCGUAUCUGUCAAGGCGAGCAUUUCACAGCAAGAUGUCCCUUCAAGGACACCAUGGCACCCGCGGACGAUGGCGCAACGCCCGUUGCGAAUCCUAUGGAGGACGACGAGGACGGAGCUGGCAAGGCAGCUGGUGGCCUUGGCGUGGGAGGUAGCAGCUACGUGCCGCCUCACAUGAGAAAAGGCGCGCAGGGCGCAGGCGAGAGAAUGGGCGGCAAGUUCGAGAGAGACGAUCUGGCCACGCUGCGUGUUACGAAUGUCUCUGAAAUGGCUGAGGAGCAGGAACUCCGCGACCUCUUCGAGCGAUUCGGCCGCGUCACGCGUGUGUUCCUUGCGAAGGACAGAGAUACGGGUCGGGCGAAGGGCUUUGCAUUUAUUUCAUUCGUUGAUCGAUCAGACGCUGCAAGAGCAUGCGAGAAGAUGGAUGGCUUCGGUUAUAGACAUCUGAUCUUGAGGGUUGAAUUUGCGAAGAAGCCAACUUAGAGGAUGCAUGUCAUGAGAAAGAGCUCAACGGGCCACUCUACGGAGUCGGGCUCCUGCGGUUUAGGAUGAUGAUCAAUUGCAAUUGUAUGAAUCAAAAGAAAAGUGAUGUGUGGCUCGAAUAAGUUUUAGGGCAUUCAACAAGACAUGAAUCGUGCUAUCAGGGGAUUAGAACAUAUUUGAACCCAACAA